AACUGGUGAGGGAGGUGGGGGCCAGAGAGAGAGAGACAGGCUGGCGUGUGGGGCUGCCAAUCCCACUGGACACACCCCUCUUGGACUGGGAAGAAACGGGAAGGGUUUUUUUUGUCCCUUGUUUUUUCAGAAGCAUCAAGUGCGCGGCGCAGCCCGGACUUGCUCAGUCGUGCUCUGCCUUGGUGUUGAAUGUGAACGGGAAGACGAUUUGUCCGGAUACAAAGCGCCCCAUUCCUGCAAUGUGAGGGGCCCAGGAGCGAUACCCUGGCAGAGGAAACCGCACAGCAUCUGCACCCUAGCGAAUGGUAACAGAUUGAGGAGAUUCAGUGAGACAAACAUUGUGUGAUUCCGUAACGAAGCUUCAACAGCGACUUUGAUAUCUGAGUUGCCAGAUUUGAUUCCACUGGAAAAUCUUCUGUUUUCACCAUGGGAAUAAUACAACUUUUAAUAUUACUUUCGAUGAACACAUUUGCCUUUGGGAUUGGCACUGAGGAAGAUUAUACCUGGCAUUUACAAAGAGCACCUCAAGUAUUGGACAGAAGGACCAUAAGCAUAGAACCUCCAAGAUUUGAAGCUAAAACCAAAUUGUUGAUAAAUUCAACCUGUGGGAUUGUUUGCCAAAAGAAACUACCACUGCCAACCGUGUCUGACUUUCAGAAUUACCUUUCAUAUGAAACACUGUACCACAACGGAACACGUACGUUGACUGAGGUAGAUGUCAAAGAUUUCAACAUGAAAAAUGAAUUUGAGAUUGCUCAGAAAAAAGGCCAUUCUAGGAGAAGGAGGCAGGUCUUUGGGCUAGACAGCAGAUUUAGCAUUGGUAACACACAUUUCAUAACUAGCUAUCCUUUUAAUACAGCAGUGAAAAUCUCUACAGGGUGUACUGGGAUUCUAGUGUCAGAGAAACAUGUGCUAACAGCAGCUCAUUGCAUUCAUGAUGGUAGAGACUAUGUGAAAGGUGCCAAAAGGCUAAGAGUGGGAUUUUUAAAGUUGAGAUCCAAGAGGGGUGGAAGGAAGAGAGGAUCGAAGAGGAUUAAACGAUCAACAAGGGAUAAGCCAUCUUUCCAAUGGUCAAGAGUAAAGCGUACCCAAGUACCAAAGGGCUGGUUCAAAGGAGUGGCUGAUGAUAUUGCAGUGGAUUAUGAUUAUGCUAUUCUUGAAUUAAAGCGACCUCAGAAACACAAAUAUAUGGAGAUUGGAAUUAGUCCCUCUGUCCAAAACAUGCCAAGCAACCGGAUUCACUUUUCAGGCUUUGAUACUGACAGACCGGGGAAACUGGUAUAUCGCUUCUGCACUGUGUCUGAUGAAUCCAACGAUCUAUUCUAUCAGUAUUGUGAUGCUAAUCCUGGGUCAAGUGGCUCAGGUAUUUACAUUCGUCUGAAAGAGCCAGACAAGCAUUCGUGGAAACGCAAAAUCAUUGGAGUCUUUUCUGGUCAUCAGUGGGUGGAUGUCAAUGGUGUACAGCAGGAUUACAAUGUGGCUGUGCGCAUUACUCCACUGAAAUAUGCACAGAUAUGUUUCUGGAUACAUGGAAACUAUGCUGAUUGCAGGGAUGGUUGAUGGAAUUGGUUAAAUAUAUUCCAUGUAUUUCUAUCUUUGUACUUGUGUGCAAACAUAGAUUUUCUGCAUAUAAAAUAGAUGAUGGCAUUCCAUCAAUGCACAUUUAAAUGAUAUGUGCAUUUUCAUCUCAACUAAAAGAAUCUGUUCAGGGUGCUCUAACUUAAGUAUAUAAAAUAUAAAAGUAAUGGGACUAUUUCAGAGUAUAUUGUUGACUGGUAAUGUUGCUGUUCAAGUUGUUUAGUUGUUCAGUAUUUGAUUUACUGUAAUAAUUAAUCUCUGGAACAAAUUACUCAAGAUUGAUUAAAAACCCAAUAGGUGUUAUACCUAAUGAAUUUGUAAGAUGUAUUAAAUUGGAGAAUGGUUCUCUUGCUCAUUCCUAAAGUUAUUUUUAGAUGUUUGAAGAAUGCACUACUACGAUCUCCACAACAUCAUUACUUGUCCUUUAUCCAUAAAAACUAAGAUAGACUCAGAUUUUACACAUGGCAUUUAUUAAAGUACAAAUACUUGUUCUAGUAAUAAAAUGUACAAAGCUAGCCAAACCUCAUUUGUUACUGAAUUUCUAGUUGUUUGUAAUGUAAAUUAAGGUGUUGUAUCAUUUGUCUCAGUAGUACUGAUCAACUUUUGUAAUAUCUGGAACUGGAGAUUUGUAAUGAGUUUUGGUCAUAUCUUAACACAAGUGUAAGGAUUUGUUGAUAUACUCAGACAGAUUUCAGAGAAUAAAUCUGUGAAAAUUGUGUAAAAUCAACUUGGCAAUUAAUCCAGUUAAAAGUAUUCAAAAUUCAACCAUCUCUCCUUUAUUAUAUUUAAAAGUACUGAGUCAGCGUUAGGUUAAAAAAUAUCACCUACACUGAGGAAAAUUACUGCCUUUGGGAUAAUAAUUGUCCAAGAACAGUUUCUUUUUCCAGAAAAUCUGACAAUCUGUUUGAGAAUGAAUUGUCGGAAACAUCUUAUUCAGUUGUAUCUAACCAUUCGAAUAGAAUUAGAAACUAAUGCUUAAAGUAUCAGUCUAAUAAUUUGUUGUGCUAACUGUAUGCAAUGUUUAUUUAUAUAGAGAUCAAUGGUUCAGUCCUGCAGUCUUGUCUGAAGUAAAAGCGUAUGCCAACUAGUAACAUGAUUCAGAACUUAUCUAUGGCCGCAUUUGGUAACAAACAUUGUUCUUUAAAGGUGCAGUACAGAAUACUUCCAUAAAUAAAAACUGAAAUAGUAUGUUGGUGCUAACAUUCGUCUGAAAACAUAUAUUUCAGUGGAAAUAAAAUCACAAGAUAUAGAUAGAGUGAAUCAGCAAAUUCGGGGAACUAGGAAGGUCAGGAAGAUCCUACUACUUUAAAUGCACUGUUGCUGUAUUAUUUGCUACAGUCACUAUCUUUGCAUGUUAAGCAGUUUUCAUAUAUGAGAACUAUAAAGAUAGAAUAGAAAAUAAUUUAGUUAAAAACUGUAAAGUGGCUCACUCUGCUCACUCAGUUCUUUCACUCUUUAAAAUUAAAUAUAACUACUCAAACACAAACUGUGGAUAAAAAAACACAGGAGCACUUCUUUGAUGAAUAGUUCAAAUGAAGAUGAUUGCUAAAUUGAGAAUAAUGUUUAAUAUUUUUUAGGCCAAACACAAGAUCACAAAAAAAUACAUUUUCAGGAGGAAACAUUGAUGAAAAAUGGUAUCACAGAUUACUUCCAAACUAAUAAAGAGUACUCUUCUUCCAAGAUAAUUACACAACUCCGAAAUUCAACCAAAGUCCAAUGGUAAAAUGUCCUGGAUUGGAUAAUGACUGACAACGAUCAUAAGGAGAAUUAUAUAACAGGAAAAAAUGUGUGUCGAUCAUUUAUUUGUUAGAAGCAGGAUUCAGGUUGCUUUGCAUACUUGCUCUUUUGUUGUUUUAAGAAUUUCAUGAAAUGCAUGUUUGGAAAGUAACGUUCUUUGUAGAUUCACUGAGAUGUUGUAUACUGUAAAACACAAUGUAUGCUUUGAACCUCACUGUAUAUUCAGCAGGAAAAUAAAGACCUUUUCAGUCUCGUUA